AUGAUCGAAGCAAAGUCCAACACAACACCCUCCUAUUCCAAGGACAGCACGUCCGUCAGCAACCAAGAAGUCGAAGACCUCGGGCAUGAACUCCCCAUUCCCGCCUUCGACCCAGCAAUCCACCUGAACUUCCAGCCCCCAGCCAAACGGUACACAUUCACAGAACUCGGACUCCCCGUCCCAAAAGGCGUCCCAGACCUCUGCUACACAGAGCCCUUCCAGCUCUUCUCCGAAGAAGGGAUCCGCAUGCUCCGCCGAGAAAUCUUCCGCCGCUCAUUCCUCGACAAGUACAUGCGAUCCUGGGAACGAGCACCCUGCAUCAUCACCGGAUUCUCCCUAUACGAUGAUGACGCCACAUUCCUAAAACAAGCAAUGACACACCCCGUCACCCAAGCAGCCGUCAACUUCGCCUUCGGCGCCGCACUCCAAUUCCAAAACGGGAUCAACGAUAUGGGAUACGUUAACGUGCAGCUCGGGGCCGAAGGUAUGAAAGGCGUCUACAAGCUCGGCGAAACGCCCUCGAAGCCCCUUCCAGCUGGCGAGCAGAUGGGUGUCUCGCAGUACGACGGCGUCCCUAUCGACGGGUGGCAUAGGGACCAGACGCCCGUUGUGCUUGUUCUGAUGCUGAGUGAUACGUCUACCAUGGCAGGUGGGGAGACAGCCGUGCGCAUGGGCGAUGGGAAGGUUAUUAAUGCUGCUGGGGCGGGGAUGGGUGCCGGUGUGAUGAUGGCCGGUGCGUAUCUGGAACAUGCGGCGCUGAGGGCGAGUAACUGUCUGGAGCGGGUCAGUAUGGUGAAUAGCUACAACUUUGCGGAUCCGGAAGCGGAUGAUACGGGGACCUCGUUGGGCAGUGUGCAUUAUACCCAUGACAGCCAUGCCAUGAUCCGGAAUCUUUUUAUGGAGCAGAAGUUGACGAGACUGCGGGAUCGGUGUGAUAUUGCGCUGCGAAGGGUCAGGGAGAGGAGGUGCAGGGGGGAGGAUCCGGAUACAGAGGAGGUUGAGGGGUGGAUUAGAGAUCAGAUUCACUUUUUGAAGCAUACGGGCUGGGAGACUUUUCAUCGUAUUCCGGACUAUGUACAUAAGAAGAGGCCGGAGGGUGUGUUGGAGGGUUAUCUUGCGUAG